GGUUGACGCAAGUUCAUUGGUGUUCCACGAUGCUGCGGCAAAUUGCGCGGCAUGGCAAAGGCUCACGGCGGUUCUCGACGAAGGAAACUCCUUCGUUGAACACGUCCAGCGCGGGGCCUAUCACGUGGGCAAGCAUGGCGCUCGCCGGGGUGAUCGGCGCUGGUGCGUUGGCAUACUAUCACACAGAGAAAGACCGUCUUCAAACUCAAACGACGGGAAAGGUCACAUCUGUGGGCAAGCCGCUCCUGGGUGGACCAUGGACGUUGGUCGACUGCGCGUCGGGCUCGUGCGUCACGAACGCGUCGUUCCAUGGCAAGCACACGCUGCUUUACUUCGGGUUCACCCAUUGCCCGGAUAUUUGUCCGAAUGAGUUGGUGCGUUUAGGCGAAGUGCUCGACAAAAUCCCCGAAGUAGACAUCGAACCCCUCUUCAUCACCGUCGAUCCAUUUCGUGACACGGUGGAACAAAUGGAGGCGUACAAGAAGGACUUCCACCCGAAACUGCGCAUGCUUACAGGGACUCCCGACCAAGUCAAGGACGUAACGAAGGCUUACCGCGUGUACUUCACCAAGGCGGACGAGACCGAAGUCGACGACGACAGCGACGAAGACGAAGAGUACCUGGUCGACCACUCGAUCGUCAUGUAUCUCAUUAGUCCGUCGGGUGAGUUCCUCGACUUUUUCACGCAAUCUGCUCGCGUGGACGACAUUGUGAAGAAGAUCAAAGCGCUGGUUCAGUGACGUCUCAAAGGCGAGAUGGUGUGCCAACAACACGGAAUGCAUUAGAAAAUUGUCGUUGGGGAAUUUAACGGUAGAGCUGCUCCACGGACAAGUUGUGGGCAAUUUCAAAUUCCCACUUGUCGCCGUUCGCGAGCAGCUUGGCUUUGUCGUACAACAGCUCUUCGUGGGUUUCGGUCGCGAAUUCAAAGUUGGGCCCUUCCACAAUGGCGUCGACGGGACACGCUUCUUGGCAGAACCCGCAGUAGAUGCACUUCGUCAUGUCAAUGUCGUAGCGGGUCGUGCGGCGAGCACCGUCUUCACGUGGUUCGGCUUCAAUCGUGAUUGCUUGGGCCGGGCAAAUCGCUUCGCACAACUUACACGCAAUGCAGCGUUCUUCACCACUGGGGUAUCGUCGCAACGCAUGUUCACCGCGGAAGCGGGGGGACAACUGACCCUUUUCAAACGGGUAGUUGAUCGUCGUCUUCUUUUGGGUGUGGAUUUCCCAUGCCAACCACGUGGCACGGGCAAUCUCCCCCAAGAAGAAGAGGUUGGCAGCCUUGUCCACGACCUCGCCCAACGUAGGCUUCUUCAUGGAAGAGUCCGUCGAGAACGACAUGGAAGUCGCUGAACGCAUCAACGGAGCGCGGGCGGCCGCGCCGCGGGCUGCAGCUCGAGUCAGCAUCUUGCUCAAAACGAAGUCCCGCGUAGUC